AUGAGCUACUAUUUUGCCAUUGUCGGCACCCAGGACAACCCGCUGUUCGAGUACGAGUUCGGGACGUCCAAGCAAGGCGGGGAUGGCCAGUCGCGCUUCACCGAACAGGUGCGGCACCUAAACCAGAUAAUCCUGCACUCGAGUCUGGAUGUUGUCGAGGAGGUGCAGUGGUCACACGGGCAGAUGUACCUCAAGUGCGUCGACAAGUUCUUCAACAACUACAUCUCCUGCUUCGUCACCGGCGCCGGCGCCAAGUUUCUGCUCCUUCACCAGCCGCCGCCGCCCAACGCCGGCGGUGUUGGCGCCGCCGCGGCGGCGUCGUCGCGCUCCUCGACAGCCAUCGGCGCCAACCCGACGAGCCCGGCGACCGAGGAGGCCAUCAAGAUGUUCUUCGCCGAGGUCUACGAGAAUUGGGUCAAGGCUGUGAUGAACCCGUUCUACAAGCAAAACAUGGAGGUGCGCAGCCCCGUCUUCCGGACGCGCGUGGCGGCGGCCGGGCGAAAAUACCUAUGA